GGAAAAUUGGGAGACACCCAACACAUAAAUGCAAAUUAUGGUAAUAAAAUCUUCAUUUUCUGUCAUCCUUUGCUGCUCUCUCUUGGCAUCCGUCUUCUUCUUAUAUGAAAUAAGUUCUCGUAAACUUAUGGUGGUUCCAGAUGGGAACGGACGGAGCAAAGCGGCUGUAAAAAGAAGCCGCUCAAAACGAGCACCAUCUUGGGCUGGCUACAAAGUACCUCCACCCUCAACUGGCUCGGUAACUCGAGGAACCUUAAAUAGGAACACACCGGCGGUACAAUGCGGAAGGGGUAUGGCUUAUAGUAGUUGUUUUCCUAAAACUGGUGGAAAACCAGAUGCAAGGGGAAUUUAUAAGAGGGGCCAUUAAUAUAAAAAUAAAUUCAUAAGAGGGACUCGAAUUAAAUUAUAAAUAUUUUGAGAAGCCAAAAAUGUUAUUUUACCGUCUGUAAUUUUACUGUUUUUGAGGACCAAAGUCCCAACCUUCUCCUAGUGUCUGGUUCAUUACAUUUCAAAGUUUUGACUCUUAUUUUUGUGCUUAGACUAUGUUUAGCCAAGAGAAAAGAAACAAAGAGAUUUUUUUUUUUA